AUGAGCCGGGGCGCGGGCGCGCUUCAGCGCCGGACAACGACCUACCUCAUCUCGCUGACCCUGGUAAAGCUCGAGUCGGUGCCUCCGCCGCCGCCUUCUCCGUCUGCGGCCGCAGCUGGCGCCCCGGCGGCCAGAGGCUCUGAGACCGGGGAUCCUGGCAGCCCCCGAGGCGCGGAGGAGCCGGGCAAGAAGCGGCACGAGCGUCUCUUCCACCGGCAGGAUGCGCUGUGGAUCAGCACCAGCAGCGCGGGCGCAGGGGGCGCGGAGCCCCCCGCCCUGUCCCCGGCUCCAGCCAGUCCGGCCCGCCCCGUCUCCCCAGCUCCAGGCCGCCGCCUCUCCCUCUGGGCCGCCCCUCCAGGACCCCAGCUCUCCGGGGGGCUGAGCCCCGACCCCAAGCCCGGGGUCGCCCCCACCUCAUCCCGGCGCCCCCUACUCAGCAGCCCUAGCUGGGGGGGCCCGGAACCCGAAGGCCGGGCGGGCGGCGGCGUCCCCGGCUCUUCUUCCCCACACCCUGGCACCGGCAGUCGGAGGCUCAAGGUGGCACCUCCUCCGCCGGCUCCCAAGCCUUGCAAGACCGUGACUACGAGUGGAGCCAAAGCCGGCGGUGGCAAGGGCGCGGGUAGCCGCCUGUCAUGGCCGGAAAGCGAGGGCAAGCCCAGGGUCAAGGGGUCAAAGAGCAGCGCUGGAACUGGAGCUUCUGCCUCUGCUGCUGCCGCCACCGCCGGCGUUGCCGGGGGUGGGGGCGCUGCAUCCGCGACCUCUGGUGGGGUCGGGGCUGGGGCCGCAGCCCGAGGGAAGCUGUCCCCUCGGAAAGGCAAGAGUAAGACCUUGGACAACAGUGAUUUGCACCCAGGACCGCCUGCCGGUUCUCCUCCUCCGCUAACCGUCCCAGCAACCCCAGCUCCAGCCGCUGCUGUCCCCGCCGCCUCCGCGCAGUCCCCCGGGCCUGCACCUCCAAUCACUCUGGAGCCUCCAGCUCCGGGGCUGAAAAGAGGCCGGGAGGGGGGCCGAGCUUCGACUCGUGACCGCAAGAUGCUCAAGUUUAUCAGCGGCAUCUUCACCAAAAGCACAGGGGGGCCUCCUGGCUCCGGACCCCUUCCCGGACCCCCAGGCCUGUCUUCUGGCAGCGGGUCCAGGGAGCUGCUGGGCGCAGAGCUCCGCGCCUCCCCUAAGGCCGUGGUCAAUAGCCAGGAAUGGACUCUGAGCCGCUCCAUUCCUGAACUGCGCCUGGGUGUGCUGGGUGACACCAGGAGUGGGAAGUCAUCGCUCAUCCACCGAUUCCUGACUGGUUCAUACCAGGUGCUGGAGAAGACAGAGAGUGAGCAGUACAAGAAAGAGAUGUUGGUGGAUGGACAGACCCAUCUGGUGCUAAUCCGAGAGGAAGCUGGGGCACCUGAUGCCAAGUUCUCAGGCUGGGCAGAUGCUGUGAUCUUCGUCUUCAGCCUGGAGGAUGAGAAUAGUUUCCAGGCUGUGAGCCGUCUCCAUGGGCAGCUGAGCUCCCUUCGGGGGGAGGGACGAGGAGGCCUGGCCCUGGCACUGGUAGGGACACAAGACAGAAUCAGUGCUUCUUCUCCCCGGGUGGUGGGUGAUGCUCGUGCCAGAGCUCUGUGCUCAGACAUGAAACGCUGCAGCUACUAUGAGACUUGUGCAACGUAUGGACUCAAUGUGGAUCGGGUCUUCCAGGAGGUUGCCCAAAAGGUGGUGACCUUGCGCAAACAGCAACAGCUUCUGGCUGCCUGCAAGUCCCUGCCCAGCUCCCCAAGCCACUCAGCUGCUUCCACCCCUGUAGCUGGGCAGGCUAGUAACGGGGGCCAUACUAGCGACUACUCUUCUUCCCUCCCGUCCUCACCCAAUGUUGGUCACCGGGAGCUCCGAGCUGAGGCAGCUGCAGUGGCUGGAUUGAGCACUCCAGGGUCCCUGCACCGGGCAGCCAAGCGCAGGACCAGCCUUUUUGCGAAUCGUCGAGGUAGUGACUCUGAGAAGCGGAGCUUGGACAGUCGGGGAGAGACCACAGGGAGUGGGCGAGCCAUCCCCAUCAAACAGAGCUUCCUACUAAAGCGAAGUGGCAAUUCCUUGAACAAAGAAUGGAAGAAGAAAUAUGUGACCCUGUCCAGUAAUGGCUUCCUACUCUACCACCCCAGCAUUAACGAUUACAUCCAUAGUACACAUGGCAAGGAGAUGGACUUGCUACGAACAACAGUCAAAGUCCCGGGCAAGCGUCCCCCAAGGGCCAUCUCUGCUUUUGGCCCGUCAGCCAGCAUCAAUGGGCUGGUCAAGGACAUGAGCACUGUCCAGAUGGGUGAAGGCCCUGAAGCCACUACUCCCAUGCCAAGCCCAAGCCCCAGCCCCAGUUCCCUGCAGCCACCACCAGACCAGACAUCCAAGCACCUGCUGAAGCCAGACCGGAAUUUGGCCCGAGCCCUCAGCACCGAUUGUACCCCAUCUGGAGAUCUGAGCCCCCUGAGUCGGGAACCUCCUCCUUCUCCCAUGGUAAAGAAGCAGAGGAGGAAAAAAUUGACAACACCAUCCAAGACUGAAGGCUCAGCUGGGCAGGCUGAAGCCAAGCGCAAAAUGUGGAAACUAAAAUCCUUUGGUAGUUUAAGAAAUAUUUAUAAAGCAGAGGAAAACUUCGAGUUCCUGAUCGUGUCCAGCACUGGUCAGACAUGGCACUUUGAGGCAGCCAGUUUUGAGGAGCGGGAUGCCUGGGUCCAGGCCAUUGAGAGUCAGAUCCUAGCCAGUCUGCAAUGCUGUGAGAGCAGCAAGGUCAAGCUGCGCACAGACAGUCAAAGUGAAGCCGUGGCCAUCCAGGCCAUCCGGAACGCCAAGGGGAACUCUAUUUGUGUGGACUGCGGGGCCCCCAACCCCACGUGGGCCAGCUUGAACCUGGGCGCACUCAUCUGUAUCGAGUGUUCUGGCAUCCACCGGAACCUAGGCACACACCUGUCCCGCGUUCGCUCACUCGACUUGGACGACUGGCCGCGGGAGCUGACCCUGGUGCUGACGGCCAUUGGCAACGAUAUGGCCAACCGCGUGUGGGAGAGCGACACGCGAGGCCGCGCCAAGCCCACGCGGGACUCUUCGCGGGAGGAGCGUGAGUCGUGGAUUCGCGCCAAGUAUGAGCAGCUGCUGUUCCUGGCGCCGCUGGGCACCACCGAAGAGCCGCUGGGCCGCCAGCUGUGGGCCGCGGUGCAGGCCCAGGACGUGGCCGCCGUUCUCCUGCUUCUGGCCCACGCGCGACACGGACCGCUGGACACCAGCGUAGAGGACCCGCAGCUCCGCUCCCCACUUCACCUGGCGGCCGAGCUCGCCCACGUCGUCAUCACGCAACUGCUGCUGUGGUACGGCGCCGACGUGGCGGCCCGCGACGCGCAGGGUCGCACGGCGCUGUUCUACGCCCGCCAGGCCGGGAGCCAGCUGUGCGCCGACAUCCUCCUCCAGCACGGCUGCCCAGGGGAGGGCGGCAGCACAGCCACCCCGCCCGGCACGGCCACCACCCCCAGCAUUACCGCCACGCCCAGCCCCCGUCGCCGGAGCAGCGCCGCCAGCGUGGGCCGCGCCGACGCCCCCGUCGCGCUGGUAUAGUUGCCCAGCGGGAGAGACACCCCCACCCCCGCGCGGGACGGGCACGACCACACCGGGUGGACCGCUGGACCGAUGCACCCACUCACCUCUCUAAUGCACACCCUGCCCCACGGGAGCACUUCCUACCCCACGAGGGCACAGCCCGCACGCCUCCCAGAAGACACAAACUCACCUCCCUCUCCCCGACGAGGCAUGGAGACCCCAGCUCAACA